AUGGAUUUCCUAGAGUUCAAUCCCAACUUCGGAGUUCUUAUUUGUACCCGCUGCAAGUUUGCCCUUGCCCCAGGCACAGUUGGAUCGCAUCUUUCCAACUUGCAUAAGGACCAGGUGACGCUGUCUGAGAGGAGGGACUGUAUCGCGCUCUGGGCGAACAAGCCAAUCCAGCCUGCGGAGGUCAUCCAGCAGUUAGAUGUUCCAGAAGAUGCUCGGCCAGUCCCGAAGCUUGCCCUUUAUAGCAACGGAGCAGACGUAGCCAAGGGGAGAGCAACUGCCUUCCCCACUGUUACUCUAUCUCCUGUGUGGUACCAGGCAUUCCACGUGAGCAACUUUCGACGCAACUUCCGAGUAGCAGUGCCCCUCGAGCUAGGCAACAGCGCGACGUCUAGCUCGCCUCCGCCGCCUCCUGCUUCGCUUGAGGGCCAGGUCGAACUGCAGUUGACAGAGAAGAUGCGGGUGUCGGAUGAGGCAGCUAGCUCAGUGCUCCAACGCCCACCAGAGCAGUCGGCAUGGCUACAGACUACAGAGUGGGUUCGAUACCUGCAAGGCCGUAACCUCGGAGCAGCAGCUUGGCUUAUAGCCCUCCCGCACUCAUCAUCUAAGCCAGAGCCUGAUCUUAUCGCCAUCCUAGACUCCUUUGACAGGCUAGUUGAACAAGCGCGCGAGUCUAUAAAGCAAGGCAAAAUCAAUGCCUUUGAUCAGCAGCGUAUCAGCAGCUUCCUCCGCUCAGGCUCACGGACUUCAAAGGCAUCAGAUCGCCCUAGCCCAUAGAUUAAAGGAAGGCACAUACAGGACGUAUAAGAAGACCUGGAAGCAGCUGCUCUGCUUUGUCUUCCGCAUGGUAUACCAGGGACAGCAGCCAGCCUUGCACUGCCUCAUACUACCGCUCGUUAGAACCUCUAUCAUUCUUCUUCUUUUCAGAGUCGCAUCGGUUAUCAACAGCAUCAGGAUUGCCCUCUACAUUAUCCUCGCUUUCAAUACAGGUGCCUGCCUAGGGCCUUGGCUUGCCCUUAUAUUCAUGUGCCCGCCUAGGUCGGGCAAUACUUCAGGAGCUACUGUAUUCAACGGGUUAUCGUGUCUGGAUCCCUGGCAAGCUGCUAUAGUCUACGUCUUCAUCGUUACGUCUAACAUGUUUACCGA